GCUUAGGAUUAAAGCAUAGCAAAGAUGGGAACUGAACUUCGAACAGAUUCCACAGACUACAGGACAGAGCUUCUUUCCCCAAAUAUAGCAGCAGAGAAUGUGUCCAUGGCUAGGCAACCUUCAUGGAGGAUCAACAUGGAUGAACAUCGGUUACCAGAAAGGCAAAUGGACUCUCAUUUUGGCUUUGGAUUCUUCAUCAGAACACUAAAAAGACAAAGGAAACUUGCUGAGUAUUACAAGAGGCAGGAGAGGCUUCUUAAAGGGUACCAAGAAGUGGACUCAUACACUGAUUUGGGCAUGUUACCAGGAAAUCAAUCAGAGGAUGAUAUGAAGGAACUUGAAAGGAGUGAGAGGGUGGCAAUCUAUGCAUCUAACAUAGGGAACAUGGUGCUGUUUACAGCAAAAGUGUAUGCUUCCGUUGAGAGUAAAUCCCUGGCUGUUAUUGCAUCAACUCUGGACUCACUAUUGGAUCUCUUGUCAGGAUUUAUACUUUGGUUCACUGCUAAUGCUAUGAGAAAACCAAAUCAUCACCAAUACCCUAUUGGCAAGAACAGGAUGCAACCUGUGGGUAUAGUUGUGUUUGCAUCAGUUAUGGCAACUCUGGGAUUGCAGAUUUUGUUUGAAUCAGGAAGAGAAAUCAUCACAAAGACUCAGCCCGAGAGGGAUCCAGUGAAAGAGAAGUGGAUGGUAGGGAUUAUGGUGACAGCCACUUUGGUAAAAGUUGCACUAAUGACUUACUGUCGCAGGUUCAAGAAUGAAAUAGUGAGGGCCUAUGCUCAGGACCAUUUCUUUGAUGUCAUUACAAACUCCAUUGGUCUAGCCACUGCAGUUUUAGCCAUCAAAUUCUACUGGUGGAUUGAUCCUGUUGGAGCCAUCCUGAUAGCCUUAUAUACAAUAAGUAACUGGGCAAAAACAGUGAUGGAGAAUGUGUGGUCAUUGAUUGGUAAAACAGCACCAGCAGAAUACCUUGCAAAGCUAACAUAUCUGUGUUGGAACCAUAACAUGGAGAUCACGCACAUAGACACUGUGAGAGCCUACACAUUUGGGUCCAAUUACUUUGUGGAGGUAGACAUUGUGGUGUCAGAAGAAAUGUCACUUGUUCAAGCACAUGACAUUGGAGAGACACUUCAGGAUAAGCUUGAAAAUCUCCCAGAAAUUGAGAGAGCCUUCGUCCACAUUGACUUCAACACAACUCACAAACUCGAGCACAAGCCCAAGGUGGUGUAGAAAACCAAAAGAAAAAUAUUAGGCCAUGUUUUAAGAGUGAGUAGUUUGGAUUUGAUUAGAAUUUAGGCUUUAAAUUUUGUUUAGUAAUUGUGCAUUAUAAUUAUCCUUGUGAAACAAAUUUAUUCUGUGAAAGUUUUCUUGCAAAAAUAUUAAGGAGGGGAUAAACGAGUGGAA